AUGUCUACGCACUAUGAUGCUGUUGUCAUUGGCUCCGGCCAAGGCGGAACGCCUCUAAGCAUGGCAUUUGCCCAAGCUAAAAAGAAGACGGCGUUGAUCGAGAGUACCCAUCUCGGAGGAUGCUGUGUAAAUGAGGGUUGCACCCCGACCAAGACGAUGAUUGCGUCCGGCAGAGUAGCUUAUUUGACCAGGCGCGGACCGGAUUACGGAGUACUGAACCCCAAGCCUGAAGAUGUGCGUGUCAACAUGGAGAAAGUGAGGCAGCGUAAGAGAGACAUUGUCGAUACUUUCCGCUCUGGCAGUGAACGCAGAGUGCGCGGUGCCGGUGUAGAUGUCAUCAUGGGCUCAGCCAGUUUCGAAUACAAUGCCACCUUGAAAGUCAAGUGCAAUGAUGGCGCAGAGAAAACAAUCACCGCUGAUCAGAUCUUUAUUUGUGCGGGAGAGCGUCCAGCGUCCCCCAGGAUUGAUGGUUUCAACGCUAAAAGUUUCCCUCCCGGGGUUGUUCUCGACUCGACUUCUGUUCAGGAACUCGGUAUUAUUCCGUCUCAUCUGAUUGUCGUUGGUGGAGGUUAUAUUGGCCUUGAGUUUGGUCAGCUCUUCCGUCGACUCGGUGCCGAGGUGACCAUCAUUCAGCGCAAUGGUCAGCUACUUCCACGAGAAGACGCUGAAGUGGCCGAAGCUAUGCUCAAGAUUCUUGAAGAGGAUGGCAUCAAGGUGUUGCUCAAAACAUCUCCUUCUUCUGUCCUUUACACGGGUGACAAGGACCCUGGCAAAGCCGUCUCCGUCUCUACAUCAGGACCAAGCGGAACAUCGGAACUCAAAGGCUCGCACAUUCUCUUUGCUGCUGGUCGUACCCCUAAUACAGAUACACUGAAUCUAGAGGCAGCCGGUAUAAAGACCACCAGUCGCGGCCAUAUCGUAGUCGACCAGAAGCUGCAAAGCUCUAACCCUCGAGUAUGGGCUCUUGGCGACAUUAAAGGCCCUCCUGCAUUCACCCACGUCUCAUAUGACGACUUUCGCAUCCUACGUGCGAAUUUGCUCGAGAAGGACUCUCAUCCUACGGCUCUCACAACUGUAGACCGCAUCUUACCUUAUGUCGUCUAUACGGAUCCGCAACUUGCUCACGUUGGACUACAUGAACAUGAGGCGAGGGCCAAGUUUCCCAAUGCCGAGAUACAAGUGGCAACCAUGCCAAUGACAUACGUGGCGCGGGCUUUGGAAACAGACGAAACGCGUGGAAUGAUGAAAGCUGUUAUAGAUGCUGAUACGCAGAAGAUUCUUGGAUUCACUUGUUUGGGCCUGGAGGGUGGCGAGAUUAUGAGUGUGGUGCAAAUGGCUAUGAUUGCGGGAAGUAAGUGGACGGCAUUGCGUGACGCCGUCUGGGCACACCCGUCACUUGCGGAGAGUUUGAACAAUAUUUGGGGGAUGCUGAAAUAA